AUGGGGUACGACACUGCUAGGGAUAUCUGGUUAGAUAUAAAUGAAAGAUUUGGACAGUCUAAUGGGUCUAAAUUCAUCCACAUUCAAAGGAAGAUUGGAACUAUCUCUCAAGGGACUUCAGAUAUUGCAUCUUAUUUUACUAGGUUGCGAAGUCUUUGGGAUGAAAUGAGUACUGCAUAUGUGGGUCCUGUUUGUUCUUGUGGUGUCUUACCCAAAUUCAUUGAAGAACUCAAGCUCUUUUGGUUCUUAGCUGGCCUUAAUGAAUCUUACUCUACAGUUAAAAGUAAUAUUCUUAUGAUAUCUCCACUCCCUACUGUUAGUAGAGCUGAUUCUAUGUUACAACAUGAUGAGAAACAGAGGGAAUCUUCUCACACACCAGGCUUCUCCAAUGAGUCAGUCUCUUUCUCUGCAUCUUUUGCUCCUUCUGGUAAUCAGAAAAGUUUUAAUCAAAGGGUUCAGUUUGAGUCAAGAAAGCCUGGGAAGUUCACACGGUCAAAAAGGUCUGCCUCAUGUGUUCAUGCUGACACUUCAUCCAUUGAGUCUUCAGUUCAAGCUCCUCUUUCCCAACCUGGGACUUCAUCUACUCACGGUUUAAGCCAGGAGCAAUAUCAGCAUCUUGUCUCUCUUCUACAGCAAGCAAAUAUUUCUCCUGGUACCAACAACAAUGGUUCUUAUGGAGAAACUUUUGGCUUCGCUAAUUUUGCAGGGCCCUUCUCUGAAGAGGCACUGGAAAUUGGUAAAGCUACUAAUAGUCUGUACUUUCUCCACCUUGAUGAUACUGCUUCGCCAUCUCUGUCAGUCCCAUCUGCUGCUUACAAUGUUUCUGAUUUUACUGCAUCUUCUUCUCCUAUUUUAAUUAAUCACUCUUGUAAUGUUUCUACUUCUGCACCUAAUCCUAUAACUUCUCUUCCCCUUACUCCCCAUUGUAAUUCAAUUUCUAGUAUCAAUAAAAUUGAUCUGUUUUGGCACCAGAGACUAGGCCACAUACCUUUUGCUAGAAUGAAGUCUAUUCCUUUUGUUUCAAGCAAGGUUUCUUCUGAGCAAUCUUUUAUUUGCUCUAUUUGUCCUAUGGAUAGACAACAAAGAUUACCAUUUCCUGAUAGCUCCAUCCACACAUCUGCUCCUUCCAAUUAG